AUAUGGAAAGUCACAUGCAGCACGCUUGCUUAAUGCCCUUUUAUAUACCCUUUUUCCGAACCCCAUGAAGGUGAAAUAGAAAGUAAGAUGAAGAAAGAAUGGGAAGGAUGGGGGUUGGCGGUAGUGGUGACUGCAGGUGUGGUACUAGGCCAUUCAGAGUGGGUUGCUGGACAAGGCAGAGUGUCGGCCUUGUUUGUGCUCGGGGACUCAUUGGUUGACGUUGGUAAUAACAACUAUCUGGCCUCCAUAGCUCGAGCCAAUUACUUCCCCUAUGGUAUUGACUUCAACUUCCGCCCUACUGGUAGAUUUUGUAAUGGCAAGACCUUUGUUGAUUUGCUCGGUGACUUGUUGGGAGUCUCGUCUCCUCCGGCCUUUGCAGACCCCAACACAUCCGGCAUCAGAAUUCUUGGGGGAGUCAACUAUGCUUCUGCAGCUGCUGGCAUUCUCGAGGAGACCGGCCAACACUACGGAGCACGGUACAGCCUGUCCCAGCAAGUCCUAAACCUUGAGACCACACUGAAUCAGUUGAGGGGGAUGUUGAGUCCCGCAAACUUCACAGACUAUUUAGCAAAGGCGAUUGUAGUUCUCGUAUUUGGAAGCAAUGAUUAUAUCAACAACUACCUCAUGCCUGAUCUUUAUUCUUCCAGCUUCACUUACACCCCUCCUGCUUUCGCCAACCUUCUUCUCAACCGCUAUGCUCGCCAGCUUCUCGCCCUGAACAGCCUAGGGCUGAGGAAAUUAUUCAUAGCAGGUAUCGGCCCUUUGGGCUGCAUUCCAAACCAAAGAGCCAGCGGCCGUGCACCGUUGGGGAGAUGCCUUGACAGUGUGAAUCAAAUGCUUGGUACAUUCAAUGAAGGCUUGAGAUCACUCGUGGAUCAGCUGAACCAACGGUCACAAGGAGCCAUUUUUGCUUAUGGCAAUACAUACGGCGCUGUUGGUGACAUCCUGAACAACCCAACUGCUUAUGGAUUUAGCGUGAUAGACAGGGCUUGCUGUGGAAUCGGGAGGAACCAAGGGCAGAUAACAUGCAUGCCGUUGCAAUAUCCGUGCCCAAACAGGACUCAGUAUGUGUUUUGGGACGCAUUUCAUCCAACUCAGACCGUCAACUCCAUUCUUGCUAGACGCGCUUUCUACGGUCCUCCCUCGGACUCUUAUCCCGUCAACGUCCAACAGAUGUCUCUACUUCACUAGUUUUUUUUCUUCUCAUCUUCACUAAGUUACUGUCUUUAUGUUUCGAUUGGCAUUAUUGCUAAAAUAACAUGCGUUCAUUACAAAGGGCUCAAA